UUAAAAACGUAGCAUACAACACUAUUUAUACAAAGAUUUAGAAAUUGGAACAGAAGGAUGAAAGAACACAGUAUGACCAUGGACUCUGUAUUGUAUCGUUUUUAAAAUCUGAUGGUGUCAUAACUAGCCUUAGGUAACUCGAGGCACUACGGGGAAGAAAGUCAGUAAAGUGAUUCUUAAUAUUAGUAUUACUCACUAUUAACUGGGUUACAGUUCUGUGUGUUGUGCUUUUGAGUGCACUGAAUCUCAGUAUGGCUUCAUCACUAAUUAUUCUGCAGUGCAAGUCGAGGAAUGGACAAAGCAGGCUGAACCAUCUGACCCGAGAGCACACCGUAGCUGACCUAAUCGAAUCUAUUGCUCAAGUUACUGGUUGCAACCCACUUUGCAUAAAAAUACUUGCAGGUUUUCCUCCAAAGCCCCUAGAUAUUUCAGAUAGAUGUAGAAAUCUUGAAAAUCUGCCUAUAAAGUCAGGAGACACUUUGAUUAUUCAAGAAGAAACUUCCCAAAGAAAGGAGAAUCUACCAAAAGAUGAAGAAAAACAAUUGGGAAGAAAACCCCAAGGAAAGGUGAAUCUGCCUAACUUACAAAACCCCAGUGGAAUUUUAAUUCGAAGAGUAGUACCAGCUAAUAAUUCAUGUUUGUUUACAAGUGUAUACUUUGCCAUCUCGGGAGGUGUCUAUGAUACCAAAGUUGGAGAUAUGCUGAGGAAGGUCAUUGCAGAUACUGUCUCUGCCGACAAAGAGACUUACUGUGAGGCAUUCCUUGGAAAAUCAAACAAAGAUUAUUGCAAAUGGAUUUUAAAUAACAACAGCUGGGGUGGUGCUAUUGAACUAUCAAUAUUAAGCAAGUAUUAUAAAGUGGAAAUUGUUGCUGUUGAUACCCAAAAUGUGCGUUUAAAUCGUUUUGGAGAAGAUGCUAAGUACGAAAAUAGAAUUUUUCUCAUAUAUGAUGGCAUUCAUUAUGACCCUCUUAUGUUGGAACCCCUGGAUCACUCGCACAGUGUACAAACAAUUUUCCCCAAAACAGAUGAAUGCGUCCUGCAGAUGGCUAUGGAAAUUGCCCAGGAAGCAAAAUCAAGUCGACAGUUCACUGACAUUCAGAAUUUUUCACUUCGUUGCCUGGUGUGUAGUCAGUGUCUCAAAGGACAGCAAGAGGCACAACAACAUGCUAAAGACACGGGUCACUGCAACUUUGGAGAAAUAUAAACAUAAAAUAUGACAUUUGAGAAACAUCAAGAACAGAUAUCUAUAAACAUAAAAUAUGACAUUUGAGGAACAUCAAGAACAGAUAUCUAUAAACAUAAAAUAUGACAUUUGAGGAACAUCAAGAACAGAUAUCUAUAAACAUAAAAUAUGACAUUUGAGGAACAUCAAGAACAGAUAUCUAUAAACAUAAAAUAUGACAUUUGAGGAACAUCAAGAACAGAUAUCUAUAAACAUAAAAUAUGACAUUUGAGGUACAUCAGGAACAUAUAUCUAUAAACAAAAUAUGACAUUUGAGGUACAUCAGGAACAUAUAUCUAUAAACAUAAAAUAUGACAUUUGAGGAACAUCAAGAACAGAUAUCUAUAAACAUAAAAUAUGACAUUUGAGGAACAUCAAGAACAGAUAUCUAUAAACAUAAAAUAUGACAUUUGAGGAACAUCAGGAACAGAUAUCUGUAAACAUAAAAUAUGACAUUUGAGGAACAUCAAGAACAGAUCUUAUUUUGAAAAUUUUGGUUGAUUUUUUUUUUGCUAUUAAUUAUAAAACAAUGCAAUUGGUAUAACACAGUUAUGAUAUAAAUACUUGACAAGCAAAGGUAAUAGGCUUUAUGGGACAGAUUAAAAGCUAACAAAUUAAAAUACUUGUUCACAUGUUAUGUUAAAACAUAUUAAUUUUUUUUAAAGAGUAAGCUUAUGAAGAAAAACCUUGAACGGAUGGAUACCAAAUGACGUGAGAAGACAACGUCUUUUUGCACUCAUUUAGAUAUAUGAUUGCUAUUAAAUAUCUUUCUACACAGAACACUGAAACAAGAAAACAAAGUAAUUUAAAUUUACCCAGAGAUGAAAAAAAAUGAACUCAAUUUUUUGAAGAAAUGAAGUACAAAUAACCCGUUUUAUUUCAUUUCUCAAUGGAAGUAAAAAACCUUUUUCACAUUUUUCUAGGAGUUGAAACAAGAAUAAUAAUAUUAAAAAGUCAAUUUCUUUACAUUUUUCAAACAAAUUCAGCCCGAUUUCUCACUUCUUGAAUUCACAUAAAUAGGCCUUAUUUUUUCACCAUUGGCUUAAACAAGUCGAUUACUGUGAAAAUCAUGCAUAUUUAAUGUAAAACAUCUCCAUAACCAAUGGAAACGAUACGUUAGUACUGAAUAGUAGAAUUUAAGUGGUUGAGGAAAAUCAGUGAUUCAGAAAUGUUUAGUAAACGUAUGGAAAUGUAAUACUUCGAGGCCAAAGUGGUGAUUUUUUUCCCUCAUUGAUUUCAAUUUGUACAUAUAUAUAUAAAAAUCAGUUUUAACUAUUUACGGGUAUCCGUUUUUGUGUGUUUUUCAUAAUUUGUUGAAGUGUAAACAGCAAUGUACAUUAUAAUUGGGGAAAACGAAACUCAAAAAAAAACGAAAACGUUUUGAAACUAAUGAAGUUGGAAGAGCGAUUGGAUGAUGUAUUUUUUUAACUAUUUUAUAUAAAAAUUAACGUAGUGUACCAUUUUAAAUUACAAUAAGUGUGCUAUUUUGAAUAAAUAUGAAAUAAAUGGA